AUGACAGUCAUGCGCCGACUCUACCUGUAUUCCAUCCUCCUGAUUGGAGUUAUUGCGUGGUUUUUGCUUAUUUUUAUGGCAAGAAGACUCGAAAACCAGGAUACAAGCAUUCCCAUACCUCCCAUUUUACCUGCUUCGGAUAAUCACGCCAGUCCACGAAGAGCUCUCCAACACAUUGCUGCACGUGACGACGACAAGACUAAUGUUAAAAAGAAAAUCAAGGAAGAACGGGUUUUGAGGUCACUGUGGAAUGAGAUUUUAUAUAAAUUUGCUUGGAAGUCUGAAAUUCCGUCUAACUACUUACGUGAUAGUCAACACAAUUGGGCUUCGAAGCUGAACGAAAAAAAUCACAUAUGGCUUCGUCGAUUUGCAAGAUUCAUCGCGCGUCGAGAUAUUGGCGACAAAAGAGUAUCUCAGCUACUCAAGAAUUUUGGAGACACGAAUAAAGCUGUGGUAGAACAAUUCUUUCGUCUUCGACUUGUCGACGGCUUCAGUGACGUUGCAGACGCAAUCUUGGGGAAAUUGGCGCGCAAUCCGGAGUUCGAAGAGCCUAUUUUUUUAACUUACCUCGCCAACAGACUUCGAUACAUCGAUUUGUACAGAGAUUUAGAUGCGACUGGCUUCAGUGACGAUGAAAUGUUCCGCUUGAUGACGAACAAUGGAGUGGAUAAAAUAAAGAUAAAGGUUGUUAUCCAAACAUUAUUUGCACUUAUCAAAACGGAUCCCUCUCCCUCGGAAAAAAAUGUCAUGUCAGAUAUGAUAUUUUAUAUGGCCACCAAUCAGGCAACAUGGGAGAACUUGUUAUCCGAAAGUCUGAAGGAAAAAGUGCCUUCUCAGACCGUUUUCUUGGUUCUGCGAUUAAAUCAGCCUGGUUUUGACUUGAAACUCUUCGAACGAUGGAUCAUGUACGACGAAAAGCGUUACGCCGGUAUAACUAACUCAGACUUCAAGCUAAAGAUUGAAAAAAAAUUUGCAAGCAUGAUCGACGACAUCGCUGAUAAUAAACUGAAGUAUGCGUUCAAUUCUUUUCGAGAGGAAAUGCCAGCUAGCAGCCGUACUGAAAUCGCGAAGCUGUCAGUAGCAUUUGUCAAGAUGCAAGUAAAUCCACGCGACUAUUUUUUCAGCCUGCAUUUAAUCAAUCAGAUUGAUGCCCAGAACAUUUAUUUCCAGCGAUGGCUUUGCUACGCGUUUGUGCUCAUAAACCGAGGCGAGUUUACCCGAACAGAGUUGAUUGAUUUUUUGAGAGAGUUCAAGUCGGAAGCAGAACUCGUGAAGGUGCUCUCUGAUUUUAGGACACCUUACUUGAUUGAGUACGCGGACAAGAUUUUGUUGACCCUAGCAUCUUAUUCCACAGUUAAGGAUGAGGUAUACACGGCAUGGGAGGUCUCAAACAAAUCUCCAGAAUAUAUUUUUAAGCAUGUUCUCGAAAAGAAAAUUGGUGUAGACGCUGAGUUUAUAGCUUGUCUUGGAUACAUAGAGUUGUGCCGGGUUAAGCACAAAGAGUGGAUUUUUAACGAACUCGACUUGUACCUCACACUCAGAGAAAAUGAGGUGAAUUCAGUUGAGGCAGUGGUCAAUACUUUUCAUCAGCUUCUUAUCAAGAACGAUCCCGAGACGAGCGCUGUUGUGAAACAAUCCAGGCUAGAUCCUCAGUUUGUUUUCGACCUUUGGUGUCAUGUGCCUCCCAAUUUUGACGAUGAAUUUUUGGAUCUAUGGACUCAGUACUAUACAACGUUUCGAAAAAAAUAUAACGAAGCAAGUGAUUUUCUCGACUACAACCUCGAAAUGUGGUUGAUAAUUAUGCGAUCAAAGCCAAAGCUGAGGUCGAUCUUGGAAACCCUGCAAGAAGAUCUGGUCGUUAAGAAAUUUGCAGACAUUGCGCUGGAGGGUCUAAACUUUCUUGAUAGAGCAGAUCAAUGGUUAAGUGACGGUAAGAGUCCGGAAGAAGUGUGGACGAUUAUGUCGCCUGAUGUUCAGGUUGAUUCCGAAAACAAAAUGUUUCGUCGCUGGAUCCGCUACGUUAACAAGUGCAUGGGUAAAGGUUACACUAUUGAACAAUGGAAUGAUUUUGUUUUUGAAAAAAGCAAGAAAAAAGAAAUAGAAGUGGUGACGUUAUUACGGUCGCUCCUGAAUUAUGAGGAGACGGGGGUGGCUGCCAAACAAUUGCUGUGGGAAAUGGCCAGUAAUCCUACCGUGUCCUCUAAGGUGUUUGAUUUAUGGAAGGAUCUUGGAGAAGACCCUUACGAAUUCUUCGAAUUGCUAGAUCUUCGUCAGAUUUGUUUUAAAACAUUUGCUAGGUGGCUCGAGUAUUUAGAGGUGAAGAGACCACUUACCAACUUCGAGGAAGAAUUUAAUGCCAUGUGUAUGAAGAUUUCGGACAGGCGCCAAUUAAGUCAGCCAGUGCUACGCAUCCUGCUGAAAAAGAUUCAGAGUCCUCCGAAGGUAAAGGCCUUUGCAGAAGACUUGCUGCGUGUGAGCAGAUCAGAUUGA